CGAAAUUGAUCCAAUUGAGGUGUGACAAAUCACGAAAGUUAUCAUUAGCUGCAGUGGAUAAAUCACUUUGCUAACGCGUCCAUUAUCCGCUCACUGGUUCGCUCAGUCGCUCUUUGUUCGUGUGUCGUGCUGCCCGCAGAAUGGGAUUUUAUAGGAAUUUAUUGGGCUUUUUAACGCUGUUUGGCUUUCUGCAACUGACCAAGCAGCACUGCUACAUGAUGAAACUGGUGGGCGUCCGGUCCUGGGACACGCCCAACUACGGCCUGAAGAUCAACAUGUUCGAGAAGAACAACUCGAUGUCCUCGGUGACCACGGUGCGCCAGGACGUGGCCAUCCCCCUGUGGCACCUCGUCCUGCUGCAGCAUCCCCGCAAGCGGAGCUCCACCUCCGCCGCCCCUCGGGCGGAGCUGCCGCGCACCCUCUACAAUUCGACGACCAAGACCUGCGACUUCUGGCGGUACAUCCGCCACGUGUCCGCCUGGAACAACGUGGCCAAGCUGAUGCUCUCGAAGGGGGCCAGCAACAUGAGCCUGGCCUGCCCCCUGAAGCAGGGCGUGUACGUGAUGAACCGCAUCCAGGUGCCGCCGGAGACGGCGCUGCUCAAGUUCAUGUACCACCCGAACACCCUGUACACCCUGGAGGGCACCGUCUACGCCCUGAACCCCAAGGACAAGGUCACCAAGAAGGCCCUGUGCUACUACGAGGUCAAUGCCACUAUCUAUAAGUCUUGCUAGGGAUCUCUGAAAUGAUGACUUUUUUUUUAUUUUUUUUAAUGUUGUAUAUUUUAAAAAAUGUUUUUUGUGGCUAGAAUUGGCUAUUCAAUAUGAUAUUCCAGAAAGCCCUAAAAUAAUUUCUAGGUGAAGCCGUUGCGAAUUAAAAUAUUCGUAAAUUCUAGCUACUUUGUUUUGAAUGUGAGUCCUAUCAGCUUGCCCAUCCCUUAUGUUUUAGUUGUGUACUUUAGUUAGUAAUAAAAGUGGGAAAACAAUUAGCCUCCUGUGUACGCGUUUUCCCAGUGCAAUCGUAAAAACGCUUCUUUCAAGCUCGGCAGAAAGCCAGCUGCAAUUGUCAGAGGUUCUGGUCGGGAUUGAGGUUGAACUGGGGUCGAACCGGGGUUAAGGCGGUUGAAAGCCAUGCGUGUCGCACGUCAGCGGAGGAUUUUUAAUUAAGUGCGAAUUAAAAAUGGAAAGGAAAAUGUA